CGAAUAAGGAAAAACAAUAAAUGAAAAACUUGCCCUCGCUUAUUCACUGCCUUUAGGUGUUUUCGUCGGAGGAUGAAAAAAACCAAAGUUGAUAAAGAUGAGCGUAGGGGAUUUUCUCAGCGUUCAGCCAUCAGAACUAAAGUUCCCUUUUGAAUUGAAGAAGCAUAGCUCAUGCUGUAUGGAGUUGUCAAACAGGACAGAUCAAUAUAUAGCAUUUAAGGUUAAAACAACCAACCCCAAAAACUAUUGCGUUCGCCCGAAUGCCGGCGUUGUUCUGCCCAACUCCAUCUGCAAUGUCACAGCUCGUUUUUGGUUUUAUGUUAGUCACUAUGCAAGCCCAGAAAGAGGCUCCACCUGAUAUGCAGUGCAAGGAUAAGUUUCUUGUUCAGAGUGUGAUUGCUCCACAAGGCACUACCAGUAAGGAAGUUAUCCAAGAAAUGUUUUCGAGGGAAGAUGGGAAGGUAGUUGAAGAGAUUAGGUUAAAAGUCGUUUAUUUUCCAGCUAAUUCUCCUUCCCCUGUGCCUGAAGGAGAUGAGGAAGGGACUUCGGCUGAGGAUGAGAUUCGGAAGCCAGUGUUGUCUGAGGUCGCAAGAUCAUUGAAGCAAUCCAUGGGAAAUUCAUCUUCUGAGUCGUGGACAGCUGUCGUCUCAAAGUUGAACGAGGAGAAAGCAUCUGUUACUAAACAUAAUCAAAGGCUCCUCAGAGAAUUGAUUUCAACUGAACUUUUGGGGUCUCUUUUCCUAACUAAUAUUCUUUACACAUUAUUUAGAUCAGAAUCGAUCAAAAAGCAAACGAGAAAAGGGCAAGGCAAUGGUGUGUCUUAUGUAGUGCUGGUGUUCGGUCUGCUUUUGGGUAUUUUGGUUGGAUAUUUGAUCGGAAAAUAAAAAUAUUUUACCACUAUAAUGCAAGAUAACUUUUUUUAUUUUGUUUUUUCAAAUUCGGAUGCCAUAGAUUAUCGUCAUCUGAACUUCCAUUUUCCUCAUUGUUGAGAAAUUUUUGGAUGUGUUGGCUUUUACGUGUGGAAUUUGUUUAGUUAUUCUAAUGUCUAUUAUCUUUCUAUUAUCUUUUGAUUUGAUUCUUUUAGAAUAUGAUUGGAUGUUCUUGUUGGGUUCAGUUUUUCUUUCUCUAAGGUGUGUUCAUUUCCUGUGUGUAUUAUCUUAUAUGCACACUUUUCUUAGUGCUUUUGUUGAGAAAUUUUGUUUAAAAGCAUUUUGAUUUCAUCUAAUGGAAUGGAACACAAAAUGAUGUUAGAAAGGAGAAAGUUUAUUAGUGUACACAAAAUAG